UUCAGGAGGGCUGGAGUAAGCUCUGCCCCUAAUCAUGGGCGGAGGGGCAGAAAGAACGUGGAUGGGGAGAAGUUGGGAAGAGCUGCCACUGGGAUCGUGAACAAAGCUGCUGGCUGACUCACAAGUUCUUCGUCAAAAUCUAUCUCUAUAUUUUAAAAAAGAGAGAGGGAGAGGGAAUCUGAGGAAGACUGGAGGGCUACAUACUUCAAAAAGUGCCUGUCUGGUCUAUGCUUGGAGGCUACUGAAAAUACAGAAUGUUGUACUUGCUGCUGCUUACCAUGAUGGAGCUGCGAUGGGCAGCACCUGAGAGCCCACUGAGCAUGGAAGGUGUUGCUGUGCCAAAGGCAAUAGCAACUCUCUUUCAAGUCACAGAACUUGGUCCCCAGGAAGACAAACUCAAUUUUUCUAGCUCAUCUUGCAAGGAAUUCAAUAAGACAACAGUAGCCACCUUGUUUCUAGUCAACAGAAAUCUUGAAAACUUCCCUCCCUGUCUGCCAAAGACACUACAAAGCUUAGACCUAAGCAGUAACAAGUUGAAGGAACUGAGAGAUCAGGACCUGAGGGACCUUUCCAGUCUUAAAGUUCUUAUCCUGAGGAACAACCUGAUCCAAGAGCUUCACUGGGGGGGAACCCCAGUCUUUGAGAGCCUUGAAACUCUGGACCUAAGCUACAACAAGCUCUCAUCCAUGCCCAGCUGCCAAACUAUGAUGUUGCAGAACCUGACAGAGCUCUCACUUGUUGGAAAUCCUAUUCUGGAAAUCCAACCUGGGGCAUUUUCCUGCUUUCCAUCCCUACGUCUCCUUAACCUGUCAGCUACCCUGUUGGGAAAAAAUGAUCAAGGUGGAAUUAAGGAGUCAGCUUUUGCUCAAAGAAUAUUAAACGAAGCUGGAGAAAAGAUACCGAUGCAAACCAUGGAAGUACUGGAUCUGAGUGGGACUUUUCUUCCAGAAAUCCAGCUGGGAUGGAUCAGGGACAUACCAAACCUCAGGUCCCUCUACCUUAAGAAGAUGGCAAGGCUGAAAAGCCUUGAUGGGGAAAUAUUCAAGGCUACACCUAACCUGCGAGUGCUGGAUUGUCAAGAUUCUCAAGCACUAAGUCUUGUUAAAACAAAAAUAUUUGAAGAUACUCCUCAUUUGCAAUCUCUUCUAUUCCAAAACUGCAACUUGAGUUCCUUCAAACCUUGGUCUCUGGAUUCCUCCCAAGUCAUUUUCAUCAACCUAUAUGGCAAUCCUUUAACUUGUAGCUGUGACUUGUCCUGGCUCCUCUCUAACACAGAGAAAAUGGUCCUGAGCAGGUCCAAUGACACUAUGUGUACUCCAGUUGCAGAUCCCAACAGUACAUUUUCAUCUUCUCUUUCCCUUUCCCAACUGUACAACAAGUGUUAUUCUAAAAGAAACUCAACCUUCAUGACAUCAAGUCCUUCCUUGGAAAGCAGUGCUAACAAUUCUAGUAAACCAUUAAAUGGAUCAAACCAACCAGUGACACUGGCUUCUCCCAGUUUCCAUAAAACAGAGCCCACAGCAUUUCCUGCUUUAGGAACACCAAACGUUACCAAGGAAAAUUCUAUCCCAAGCAAGAAAGCUACCUUUACUACACUGAAAUUUGUACUGCCUACCCAAAGUGUUGGAAGGAUAGCAAUCAUCCCAACCACAGUCCCUUCAGUAGGUCCUGAUGAUGUGACUAUUCCACCCAGGAUUGGAAAAACAGCUCCAACAAAACUAAGGAAAGAAAAUACUAUAAGGAAAAACUUCUUUAACCAAUCUUCUAUUGAACCAGGUAUCUCACUAACUACUUCAAACUCUACUCCAUUCCCUAAGCAACACCCCAGGAUUCCCACUCUUCCACACACAAUAAGCACUCCCAGAACCAAUGAAAGGGCACAGACCACUGGGGGACAUCAGCCAAGUGCUUCAAUUGCAGGAAUUCCAAUCUACAUGCUGGAUGACUACAGUUAUGAGGAGGAAGAAGACAGAAAGGAGCUGGUUAAGCAGGAUAUCCCCUGUGAUUAUCAUCCCUGCAAGCAUCUCCAAACUCCAUGUGACAUACUACAGAAAUCAUCACGCUGCCGCUGUCCCGGCCUCAGUGGAGAAGACACCAUCCCAGACCCACCUAAACUCCAGGAAGUAUCCGAGACCACUGAUACAUCUGCGCUCAUCCGCUGGUGUGCACCCAAUUCCGUGGUGCACAUGUAUCAGCUUAUCUACCACCCUGAAGACAGAGCAGAAAAACAGACAGUGCUGAGAGAGAUCCACACCAUAGCCAGGGAGCACCCCUUGCACGGGCUCUCACCAAGUACAACUUACAACGUAUGUGUAUUGGCAUCUAACAAAGCAGGGCUGAGUCUAACCAGGACGAGUGAAUGGAGAAAAGCCUGCACCACAUUUACAACAAAGCCAAGUUUCUUAUUCAUUUUUGCAGGUCUGUGCAGCACAAGUGGACUACUAUUACUUAGCACUUUUAUACUGUCUGUGUGUCUUUAUAAGAAAUGCAAAACCAGACAUGCAGAACAAUAUGAUACGCAUCUUGUUUCUUACAAAAAUCCAGCAUUUGACUAUCCAUUAAAACUUCAGACUUUUAAGUCUUAAGUGCCAAGGCAGCCUUUGCUUAAAAGUUCAUUCUAAGGAACUGGCAAUCUUUGAUCAAGUUAGGUCAAAGUCCUCCCAAGGGAGAAUAGAGAUUGAUGUAUGAUCUACAUCAGUGAUAAAUUUAUAAGUAUGGUUUGUCACUACAAACAUUACUGACUUGUUUCUAGAGCAUUAAAGAGUGUAUCACCUGUUUCCAAAUUCCUUUUAGAAUACUCCAUUGCAGAGAUAGAAUAUAAAGGGAAGUAGUUUUAUGUGCAAGACUAGGUCAUUACCAGUUUCCCAAGUUAUUGCAGACUAUCUUAUAUUUCAAGAAGCCAUAAAUUGUGUAUAGGCACUCCUUUCAAUGAUGUCUAGAUUACAAGAACUGACAAUUAUAUAGUGCUUUAAACUUGGAAAGAUGCUUUAUAGGCACUAUCUCCUUUAAGCCUCUCAAUAAUCAUGUGAAUUAAGUACUAUAGCUUUUAUUAAUCUUUGAGACUUGCUAUAAAUACAAUUUGCCCAACUAGUAGUGUUCUUCCAAACUGGAUCUUCUCCAAACUCAGUAAGGUUCUUAAAACAUAUUGUUCUUUUCCAUCUCCAGUCUUACCAUAUAACUUGAU